AAAAUAGCAUCUUCCAAAAAUGUCAUCCACUUCAGCUAGUUUCAAAAGUUCCGAUAUGAGCGAAAAGGUAACAGAAGACUACUAUAUUGGUUUCUACGAGCGCCAGGUAGCUUCUUUGCCUUCAUCAACGCAAAGAAUUUCUUCAAUACCAAACCAUAGCAAAUAAAGAAACAUCAAAUUUCCCUGAAAACAAAAGUUUGAACACUGAAAGUUCAAUAUGUUGCCCCUCCAGCAGUGAAGAAAGUAAAGAAGCCACCCCCAGUGGGCGUAGGUUUGAGUACAAGGAAAAACAAGCAGGGUCUGAACAAUUAAAAACAUCACUCACGCAAACUCAAAUUUCAUCGCUUCAAAGCAGUGCUAGAGUUCUCUCCUCACCAAUCAAAAAGGUGAAUAUCACUCACUCUCCUCUGUGCAAACCCAAUCAAAGCCAAUCUAUUGCACCUCUUCCUCAAUCUCCAUGAAGAGCACCUUCCAUGCUUCUGCCCAUCUCCUACACAUUAAUCUCCAAAAUACUCAGAAAUAGGCAUAGCACAACCACCCGACAUUGCAAAAUUAGAAGAAUCAACCAAAACAGAAGAACCCUUCCAGUCCGAGGCUCCUUAAUAAACCCAGUGCUGUGCCUCAGCUUCAAAUCAAUAGGCAGUCUUAACGAAAAGAUGAGGAAUAGCCUUACAUUCUCCCAUAGCUGCAGGAAGUUAAGAACCAGAGAUCUUGGAAUGGAGUUCUCCACUAGAACUUUGGAGGAAUAAGCUAAUGGAGGAGAUGGAAGAGAAGUGGGACAAAUAAUUGGGGAUGGAUUUGAUUGGAAAUUAAU